UAAAGAGCCUGCCUGAGCUGCAGAGAAUCCCUGCAGAGGACGCGGGACAGCAAGCAGAUCUCCCACAGCGUCCACCCUCAGGUGACAUGAAGGUCUUCACAGCUGCCUUUGUGGUCGCCGUCGCCGCUGCCGCCUUCUGCGCCCCUGCAUCUGCCUCCCCGUAUGCCUCGGACACCACACCCUGCUGCUUUGCCUACAUCUCCCGCCCACUGCCCCGCGCCCACCUGCAGGAAUAUUUCUACACCAGCAGCAAAUGCUCCGUGCCAGCAGUCGUCUUUGUUACCCGAAAGAAGCGCCAGGUGUGUGCCGACCCACAGAAGAAAUGGGUGCAGGAAUACAUCAACAUUUUGGAGAUGAGCUAGGAUGGAGGGCGCCUUGAACCUGAACUUUCACGAGCUUUCCUACUGCUGCUUGCUCUUGUCCUAACCAGCUUGAGAGGCUUCCCCGCAGCCCCUCCUCAGAGGGCACAGAUUCCACCACACAACAACAGCAGUUAUAAAAGCCUCCCCCCAUCUAAAGC